CAGAGGGGCGGGGAGUCCCGAGGGCUGGAGUGCGGUACCUGAGUGAGACUCGCACUAGAAAGCCCACGUUGGCCGCUGCGGGGAGCGCGGCGCGGAGAGUGGCGCGGAGAGGCGGGAGACUGCGAAUUCCGGCGCCGACGCCGCUGCCGCUGUUCGGCGCACGGGUCUCCUUUCUUCCCAUCCCUUCUGCGAGCGGGUGUGCAGGGCAGCUGGGCGAGCACUCAACGGAAAGCAGGAUCCUCACCGCCUCUGCUUGGGGAGUCGAGCGGCGCGCGGAGAUUUUGAGGGGGAGCGACAGUGCCCGAGGGCGGAGGGGCGCGGAGUUUGUGAGCAAGAAGGAAGUUUAAGCCUCGCGGAGAGGGUUGGCAUCUUGAGACGCCUUGCCGCCACGGCCUGGGCCCUACGGCGGGGUAAACUUCACAGCGGCCGUGCGAGCCAGGGAGAGGCGUGCGCGGGGGUGAUGCCGGGCAUCCCACCAAGCUGGUGAGCGGCCCCGCUCCCCCGCCGCCCCGAGUCCCACCCAGCCGCUCCCGAGGGCGCAAGGCAGCGCACGUGCGCAGGCAGCCAGACCCGAGAGUGACCGGGUCGUGACCCGCCCAGGGGCGAGGGCGCUGGCUGCGGCUCAGCCUCGGCUUGGACGCACCUGGCUUGGACCUUGUGCCUCUCGAGACCUGAGCCGGAGUGUGGUUCUCCCGGGAAGCGCCCCCUUCACCUCCCCGCCAGCCUGGGCAACUGGGGGCGCCUCAGAAGACCAUGAGAGAUAAGGACUGAGGGCCAGGAAGGGGAAGCGCGCCCGCCGAGAGGUGGCGGGGGCUGUUCACACCAAGGGCCACAGCGGCCGCGCUCCGGCCUCGCUCCGCCGCUCCACGCCUCCCGGGGCCCGCGGGGCCAGCCCGGCCGGGUGGGGAUGCCGGGGCUGGGGCGGAGGGCGCAGUGGCUGUGCUGGUGGUGGGGGCUGCUGUGCAGCUGUUGCGGGCCCCCGCCCCUGCCCGCCGCCGCCGCCGCCGCCGGGGGGGCGCUGCUGGGGGACGGUGGGAGCCUGGGCCACGCGGAGCCGCCGCCGCCGCCACAGACCUCCUCCUCAGGCUUCCUCUACCGGCGGCUCAAGACGCACGAGAAGCGGGAGAUGCAGAAGGAGAUCCUGUCCGUGUUGGGGCUCCCGCACCGGCCCCGGCCCCUGCACGGCCUCCAGCAGCCGCAGCCCCCUGCGCUCCCGCAACAGCAGCAGCCGCGCGGGGAGCCUCCGCCCGGGACGCUGAAGUCUGCUCCCCUCUUCAUGCUGGACCUUUACAACGCCCUGUCCGCCGCCGACGACGAGGACCCGGCGUCGGACGAGAAGCGGCAGCCCGGGCCGCGCGGAGGGGCCGGCUCGUCCCAGCUCCGGCAGCCGCCCCCCGGCGCCGCGCAUCCCCUGGGCAGUAGGAGCCUCCUGGCCGCCGGACCUGGCGGUGGCGCGUCCCCACUGACCAGCGCACAGGACAGCGCCUUCCUCAACGACGCUGAUAUGGUCAUGAGCUUUGUAAACCUGGUGGAGUACGACAAGGAGUUCUCCCCUCGCCAGCGGCACCACAAAGAGUUCAAGUUCAACCUAUCCCAGAUUCCUGAGGGUGAGGCGGUGACGGCGGCAGAGUUCCGAGUCUUCAAGGACUGUGUUGUGGGCAGUUUUAAAAACCAAACUUUUCUUAUCAGCAUUUAUCAAGUCUUACAGGAGCAUCAGCACAGAGACUCUGACCUGUUUCUGUUGGACACCCGCAUCGUGUGGGCCUCGGAAGAAGGCUGGCUGGAAUUCGACAUCACGGCCACGAGCAAUCUGUGGGUCCUGACCCCGCAGUACAACAUGGGGCUUCAGCUGAGUGUGGUGACGCAGGACGGGCUCCACAUCAACCCCCGUGCCGCCGGCCUGGUGGGCAGGGAUGGCCCCUAUGACAAGCAGCCCUUCAUGGUGGCCUUCUUCAAGGUGAGCGAGGUCCACGUGCGCACCACCAGGUCGACCUCCGGCCGGCGCCGCCAGCAGAGCCGCAACCGCUCCACCCAGGCCCAGGACGUGUCGCGGGCCUCCGGCGCCUCAGAUUACAACAGCAGCGAACUCAAAACAGCCUGCCGGAAGCAUGAGCUCUAUGUGAGCUUCCAGGACCUAGGAUGGCAGGACUGGAUCAUUGCGCCCAAGGGCUACGCUGCCAAUUACUGUGAUGGAGAAUGUUCCUUCCCCCUCAACGCGCACAUGAACGCAACCAACCACGCCAUCGUGCAGACCUUGGUUCACCUUAUGAAUCCUGAGUAUGUCCCCAAACCGUGCUGUGCACCAACAAAACUGAACGCCAUCUCGGUUCUUUACUUUGAUGACAACUCCAAUGUCAUCCUGAAAAAAUACAGGAAUAUGGUCGUGAGGGCUUGUGGAUGCCACUAACUUGAAGCUAGUUGCUGGGGACACGCAGACGGCCUUGGACUCCUGGAUGACAUCUGCCUUAAAAAUCACACGGGGCAAGACUCUGAAACCAGCUGGUGCUGGCUGGCGCCUUCCUGCCCCAGGAAGGUCUUACAGGACCUUGUUCAGAAUUUGCUCACAUAGGAAAAUAUCGUGGGUCGUGGUGGUUCUGUAGGAAGCUGAGCUUAAAGGUCUGAAGGAUGAAAUUGGGUCAUGGCAGAAACAGAACUUUGAAGGGUUCCCCUCCGCCCCUCAAAACCCACCAAAAUUAGUGUUCGCUUUAGAUCAAGCUCCUUGUGGUGUUAGUGAGUAAACAGGGAAAACCAUCUUAAAAAAGCAAAAGGAUUCUUGGCUCAAGUAUCAGCGGGUUCGGUUGUUCGUCAGCUCACGGGACUGGGGAAGAUGCCCGUCUUCAGACCUCAUUCCCGGGGAGGUGGGGCUCACGCGGGCUCGGGGCCGAGGUGGGAGCCGGGCCACGUACAAGUGCCUUUAGUCUCGGUCGUGCUGUUACGUGUUUGUCGGUGUGAAAAGAUACUUCUUUCAGUCCAACCACGUUAUUUCCACAGCCCUGUCCGCCCCUGCCCCCCACCCCCACCCCCCGUGCUGAUUUCUUUCACUAGGACCAAAAAGAGAGACUAGAGUGAUCACUCUGAGUGGAGGCUCCGGGCACAAGAAGCCGUGUUAAAGCCAUCGCUGUAACCGUGUCGCACACGAGCGCCACUCUGCACCUCCGCCCUUGGGGUCGGCUCUUUGAAAAGCACCUUUACUUCGGGAUUGUCCGCUCUCGUCUGUCCGUGAAAUGGUUCUUGGCCCUUGUACGGCGUCCUGGGUCGCAGGCGUCGCCCGACAGAGGGCACCCAGCCCCCAGGAACAGCUUUGGACAGGCGAGCUGUUUAGGACCCGAAAUCACAGUUUUCUCCCGUAGAAAGUCAGACUCAGAUCUCACUUUGGGAGAUUUUUCAAACGUCUCUUUCACGAUCAUGUACUGGGAAACCAAUUUCAUACUAAACUGAUUAAACCUUACAUGUAUGCUCUAUAGCUACCUUUACAGCUUUUCUGUAAAUAUCAACUAUAAUUUAUUGUCUGUUUGAUAACUGUUUGCUGUAACAUUUAAGGAAAGGGCAGACCAUUUUUUUUAAAAAAAAUUUUAUUUAGAAAGUAUCAUAGUGUAAACAAAUUGUACCACUUUGAUUUUCUUUGAAAACAGGAUUUAUGAUGCAAGCGGAAGCCACUCAGAUUGUGCUUCUCCAGAAAGUUGGGUUUUUUUUCCUUUAAAAGAACAUCUGUGAACCAUACAUGAUUAAUAAAGAUUUCCUUUAAGGCA